AUCAUUAUAAGUAUGACCUACUUCGUGAUUAAAUGAUUUAAUGCACUUGCUAACAUUUUGGCCUCAGAAGAAAGAAAAAUGAUAUCAUUUAAGCAACUUUUAUCAAAUUGUGUUAUACCCUCUUCAGUGAGAGGUAUUUUUCGCAACAGCUCCACGCUCAGCUAUGUCCAGAGAAUCAAGCUUCUGCAGGCUGCCAAGGAUGAUGACUCCAAAUGUUCUGAAAUGAUGGAACGGGGCCUGUUCCUGCCUUUCCUCAACAAAAGACCACUGAUUAACAUCCAGAGUGAGGAUUUGGCAGGCAAGCAGAUGAACUCAAUGGAACAUGGCUCCCAGAAGCUGAGGUGGAUCACCUUUUCAGAGCUGCAGAGUCUCUGUCCCUGGGAAGACGUGGCCAGUCGCGCUGUCCUGCUGCACAUCGCAGACUCGGGCCAGGCGUGUUUCACGGCGGCACUGCCAGGCGGCGCUGAUGUCGCCGCCCAGGCCGAGACCGCCCUGGCUUCCAAGUUCGUGGAUCCACGCGCGGCGCUCUUCCUCCUGCCCUGGGCUCAGGCACAUACCAUGUCGCAUGCGUUCGCGGUGCUCCACUGGAAGGCGGUGACCAACUUCUGCCCCAACUGCGGCGUCGAGCUGCGCAGCAGAACGGCCGGCCACGCCAAGAGAUGCCCCAGCUGUGAGACAGUGCAGUAUCCCGUGACGCCACCGGUCGGCAUCACCAUGGUAACGGACACGGCACAGACGCGGGCGCUGCUGGUGCGACAGGGGCGCCACCCACCGGGCAUGUACAGCUGUGUGGCCGGCUUCCUGGAGCCAGGCGAGACGAUUGAGUCGUGCGUGCGGCGCGAGGUGGCCGAGGAGGUGGGCCUGGACGUGCACCAGAUUCGGUACGCCGGCUCCCAGCACUGGCCCUUCGACGGCAGCAGUCUCAUGGUCGGCUGUUACGCGCUCACCGAUCACACCGAGCUGGAGGUGGACCGCUCGGAGCUGGAGGACGCCCGCUGGUUCUCGGCAUCCGAGCUGCUGGACGCCUACCAGCGCAUCCAGCGCGACCUCGGUCUCAGGUUACGCAGAGAGAACACCGGCGUCCUGUGGAUUCCACCGCGCGGCACCAUAGCGCACCGACUCAUCAAGUCCUGGCUCGCCGAGCGGGGCCUGCUCAGCUAGUGUGCGGCCAUCUGUGCUGCCAUCUGUGCUGCCAUCUGCGCGGCGAUCUGCGCAGCUUGCCAGCUCCAGCCAACGGUGCGCUGACGCCGUAGAGUGUCAGAGUGUGCUGCCAUCUGUGCUACCAUCUGCGCGGCGAUCUGCGCAGCCAGCCGGCUCCAGCCAGCGGUGCGCUGACGCUGUAGAGUGUAAGAGUGUGCUGCCAUCUGUGCUGCCAUCUGCGCGGCGAUCUGCGCAGUCAGCCGGCUCCAGCCAGCGGUGCGCUGACGCUGUAGAGUGUAAGAGUGCUGCCGUGUAUGGGUGCUCGUCGUCACCGUUGUGUUCAGCUCGUGUUCUGCUGUCUAUGAAUACCGAAUGGUGCCAAACUGCACCGCCGGUUGAGAAUCGCCCCGUUAAUGCUCAUUGCAAUGGUACUGCGCCGCCGGUUGAGAAUCGCCCCGUUAAUGCUCAUUGCAGUGUUACUGCACCGCCGGUUGAGAAUUGCCCCGUUAAUGCUCAUUGCAAUGUUACUGCACCGCCGGUUGAGAAUUGCCCCGUUAAUGCUCAUUGCAAUGUUACUGCACC